CUGAAAUCGACUUCCGCCUCCACAACGAUGUUAUUCAACCGUCUCAAGGUCUAGAAAGCCCAUCACAGUGAUUUUCAACAUCACAGGUUACCUUACAACACCGUGGUCUUUCAGGAGCCUCCAGCACGACCCACUGCGGGGUGUCACAGACUCUCUCCACAUACUAUGCCAGCCCAAACAACAUGCCCAAUAUCCGAGGUCGAUCGAGCACUAGCAUCGUACAUCAACUCCCGCGAAGAUACAUUGAGAAUCCGCCGGUCGCUCUCCAAGUACCUGACCUCGAGCCUCAGGCCCGUCAAUGCCGCAACCCAGAACCAGCAUCUAAACCACCAAUGCCCGCAAAGCCUGACUGCUGUCACUACAAACCCUCCUGGCCUGAAAGGUGCCAGACUUGCAUAUCUGCACGCUUUUCGGGUAAGGAAUCAGUCACAAACGAGACAUCGCGAGCUCCAGGCUUCGCUCGAAGAACUACGCAAUCGACACAUGGAUGAGAAUCCCACCAAAACUCAAUCUGAAUAUGACAAUGAGGUCAUUCGAGACUAUGUUUCCCUUAUCCGACUACGUCAUCAAUAUGGGGAGUUACAAGUCAUCCAAGAGUCCCUGAACAAGUUGCUGAGUGCAAAGCCUUCCAAUGCGUCUCUAGAUCCGAAGGCUCUAGUCAGAUAUACAAUAGGCGAGCAACCAGAUCUCCCCGCAGAACGGCUGGAGCAUCUCUCUCCGGCUCAUGAUGACCAGACUUGGAUCUUCAGAUUGAAACAGGAGGUUUUAGAAGCAAGAGCAAAAAUGGAACAUGCGCAGGCCCAUAGGAAGAAUGCUCGGAGCGCGUCUGGAGGAGCACCAGUUCCACAAAACCAGAUAUAUGCGCUCGAACGCGCGAGAGACGAGAUCGUGGAGUGGGUCCAGGGCGAACUAGCGAAGAUGGAGGAAGACUCCAUCUUCCUUGAGGAUGCUUCGCCAAUCAAACGUACCGUGAGUAAUGCUGCACCUACGGAUCUUGCCUCAGCGGAAGUUCGGAUUCAAGAUUCGUACAAUCAAUACACAUCUUCUCGGGCAAGUCUCAUAGGAACCUUUGAAAGUCUCCAACAACCACUAUCAGUGCCGGCAGACAAUUGCAACAAUCGCAAAGAUGGUUCUCAUAGUCCGGAUCAGUCACGCGAAAUAUUCAAACCUUCUAUGCCCAUCAACAAUAUUCUACCAUACCUUCCCCACCUCGCUCAAACAGCAAACACUGAGCGCUCUCUCCUCCAGCAGUCCGUCUACCUCCAAGCCCAGGUUGCAUCCGCAGAUCGAGAAAUCGAGGAGGGUCUGUUACGUCUCUCUGGCGAAAGCCAUCUCCUCCCUGCAGGAACAAAAGACGUCGCUGUUUGGAGUAGAACGGCGAUCGAAGCUGAGGCAGCCACAGAAGAGUUUGUGAAAGAGAAUUUGCAGGCGAGUCGGCAGGAAGUGAGUAGUGUGACUGCGGUCGUGGAAAUAUGCUCGCUGCAGAGUAGGGUUUUAGCGUCGACAUAAAGAGAGUUUGGAGACUUGGAAGCCAUGGUGUCAUAGUUUCAAGAAGAAUUUAUAGGCUAGAAUGCCGUUGGAACCAAAAACAUGACUAUUCUAGAGGCAUCCAUUCGCAAGAAAUCUGUACAGAAGUCGCAAAGAGAGAACUACAAUAUCGCUCUGCAACUCAGGUAAAGCUAAUUUCAUAGUCUAACACUCUAAUACUAUAUUUCUAUUUCCUAAUAUCAUAGCAACAUCAUUCUGUACAUGAUGAUAUUCCAUUUG